CCACUGACACCAGGCAUCAUUUUUGCCCUGGACUCCAAUGUCCAGUUCCUAGGACUGGUCUCUUCCAUCUCAUUGUUGGAUUCUGGAUUUUCCCCUUUUUCUUCAUAGAUUUCCUAGACAUUCUGAGAGUACUUCCUGCCCUGAGUAUAAAGGGUGAACACAGGUGGCAGGAUGUCUUUGCCCUUCUACCAAAAGCGGCAUCAGCAUUAUGACCGUGGUUAUCGCAGCACAGAAAUGCAGUCUACCUUAAGCCAGUACCAGCGUGAAGAGAAGCGCCACUCUGCCGCACACCUUGGAAAAUCAUCUCAUAAAGCAAUAGAGGAUACAUCAUAUAAGAUGAGUCCUAGGUCAAAACGAUCAAAGAUUUUAGCCACUGUUGCAGAUAAAGAAAAUGAAGAUCUCGGCUACGUGGUUCCUAUCUUCAGAGGACGUCAUGAAUAUGUCAGUGGGAUCACUGAUACAGAGGAAGAAAGAAUCAAGAUGUCAGCAGGAUAUAUUGCUCGACGGAAUCUACUUUCAAGUGGAGAAGGCAUUAGUGUGUCCAGAAGCGCCUCUUCAUCAGCAGCACAUUCUGAGGCAUAUCAGAAGAAAUCCAGGAGUGUCGCUAUACGUGAAAUGGCAGAACGUCUAGCUCUUAAUAAAAAGAUAGAAGAUACUGCAGAAUUUCACAGAAAGAUAAAUGAGGACACACUGUUACAUGCUCCUGUCUUUAUCAUCAAGCCUCGUUCUCACACCAUCUGGGAGACACAAAACGUGAAAUUGCACUGCACAGUGAGCGGCUGGCCAGAGCCACGGGUCACCUGGUAUAAAAAUAAUGUUCCCAUCAAUGAACAACUUCAUCCUGAGAAAUAUAAAAUUGAAAGUGGAUAUGGCCUUCACUCAUUGGAAAUUUUUAACUGUGAUUUUGAGGAUACAGCUCAGUACCAUGCAUCGGCAAUGAAUGUGAAAGGAGAAAACUCUUCAUAUGCAUCCCUCGUGGUGAAGAGGUAUAAAGGAGAAUUGGAUGUUACGCCUUUGUUUCCUCCGAGUGGUGAACCAUUCAGCUUUUCUGUUACUCCAUACGGCUUUGCUACUAAGUUUGAUAUCCAUUUCGUUGACUCAUUUGGAGUAUCUUUUGGCAAAGAAGGUGAAACAUUGAGUCUAGGUUCCACAGUCAUCGUUCAUCCAACUAUCAAACGCUUCCAGCCAGAAAUACAGUGGUACAGAAAUGGAAUUUUGGUCACGCCAUCAAAAUGGCUGAGCACACACUGGAGUGGAGGACAUGCCAGUCUGACACUGAGGCAUCUCAAUAAGGAAGAUGAAGGGUUGUACACUCUGCGAGUUGUCAUGGGAGAGUAUUAUGACCAAUACAGUGCCUAUGUAUUUGUCCGAGAUGGUGAACCAGAGGUUGAUGGAGCUCCAACUGCUCCUCUGGAUGUGAACUGUCUUGAUGCUAAUAAAGACUAUGUAGUAGUUUCCUGGAAACAGCCAGCCGUUGAUGGUGGUAGUCCAAUUCUGGGAUACUUUAUUGACAGGUGUGAGGUUGGCACAAGUCACUGGACUCAGUGUAACGACACUCCUGUGAAGUUUGCCCGCUUCCCUGUGACUGGUUUGAUUGAAGGAAGAUCAUACAUAUUCCGCGUAAGGGCCGUAAAUAAAACUGGAAUCAGCAGACCUUCCCGUGUUUCAGAGCCAGUGGCAGCGCUAGAUCCAGCAGACAGAGCCAGAUUCAGAAGUCGUCCUUCUGCUCCAUGGACUGGACAAAUCAUUGUAACUGAAGAGGAACCCACAGAGGGAAUAAUUCCUGGACCACCAUCAGAUCUGACUGUGACGGAAGCCACCAAAAACUACGUGGUGCUGAGCUGGAAGCCUCCUGGACUGCGUGGUCACGAAGGUGUCAUGUACUAUGUAGAGAAGUGUGUCACUGGUACAGAGAACUGGCAGAGAGUCAACACAGAAAUACCAGUAAAGUCUCCAAGGUUUGCUCUCUUUGAUCUUGCUGAGGGAAAAUCUUAUAGUUUCAGAGUACGUUCCUGUAACUCUGCUGGAGUGGGGGAACCCUCAGAGGCAACUGAGUCUACAGUAGUGGGUGACAUCCUUGACAUCCCCAACCCACCAAGUCAUAUUGUGCCUACAAGGAACACAGAUACCUCUGUGGUUCUUACAUGGACAGAGUCCAAGGAUGCUAGAGAGUUGGUGGGAUACUACAUUGAGGCCAGCAUUUCAGGAUCUGGCCAGUGGGAACCAUGCAACAACAACCCAGUGAAAGGCAGAAGAUUUAUUUGCCAUGGUCUUCUCACCGAUGAAAACUACAUCUUCCGAGUCCGAGCUGUGAAUGCUGCUGGUCUGAGUGACUACUCUUCUGAUUCUGAGCCAAUAAAAGUGAAAGCUGCCAUUGGGGGAGGAUUGCCGCACGCUACUCCCUCUGCUCCUUAUGACAUCACUGUUCUCGAGAGCGUUCGUGACUCCAUGGUGAUCAGCUGGAAGCAGCCGAAAGUCUCUGGAGGUGUGGACAUUCAAGGCUACUACAUCAACUAUCGGGAAGUUGUGAAUGGUGUCCCAGGAAAGUGGAAGGAGGGCAAUAUCAAAUCCAUAAGUGACAGGGCCUACAGGGUUCUGAAUUUGAAAGAAAACACAAUAUAUCAGUAUCAAGUAGCUGCCUGCAACAUAGCAGGGGUAGGGACGCCAUCCCAACCAAGUAAAGAGUUCAAAUGUGAAGAAUGGACCAUUGCUGUGCCAGGACCACCACAUGAGCUCAACAUCACUGAAGUCAGGGGUAACUCUAUGGUUCUGUUGUGGAAGACUCCAGUUUAUACUGGUCGUAGUCCAGUAACUGGCUUUUAUGUGGAUAUUAAAGAAGCAGAUGCUCAAGAGGAAACCUGGAGAGGCGUGAACGAGAAGCCAACUUCAAACACAUACAUUAAGAUCCAAAAUCUGACUGACGGUGUAAAGUAUAUACUGAGGGUACGAGCUGUGAACCAGGCUGGUGUGGGAAAAUCAUCUGAUACCACAGAUCCAAUCCUCGCACAAACGAAACCAGGUACCAAGGAGGUAUUUGUCGGGGUGGAUGAUAAUGGCAUCAUUUCAUUAAACUUCGAGUGCGAUCAACUUACUCCUGACUCGAAAUUUGUGUGGUCCAAGAAUUAUGAAGCAAUAGGCGAAGAUUCAUCUAGAGUAGAUAUCGAGACCAAAGGUGGCAGGGCAAAGAUUUCAUUCAAAGACCCUUCAGAAGAAGACAUUGGCAUUUAUUCCUGUGUUGUUACUGAGACAGAUGGCAUUUCAUCCAGCUAUACAAUAGAUGAAGCAGAGCUCAAGCGUCUACUGCAGCUCAGCUAUGACAGCAAAUACCCAGUUGUUCCACUUAAAUCUGGCUUGGCUGUAGAGAUCUUAGAAAAGGGACAAGUUCGCUUUUGGAUGCAAGCUGAGAAACUCUCUGGUAGUGCUAAGGUCAACUAUGUGUUCAAUAAUAAGGAGAUUCAACAUGGGGAGAAAUAUAAGAUGAACUUGGACAGUAAGACUGGCAUUAUAGAGAUGAUUAUGGAGAAGCUUGAGGAUGAGGAUGAAGGGACCUUUACCUUCCAGCUGCAAGAUGGAAAAGCAACAAACCAGUCUAGCUUGGUCCUUAUUGGUGAUGUGUUUGAUAAAUUGCAGAAGGAAGCCAGAUUCCAGAGACAUGAAUGGAUCCGGAAACAAGGUCCUCAUUUUGUGGAGUAUCUUGGAUGGGAAGUUACUCCUGAAUGCAAUGUACUGUUGAAGAGUAAGGUUGCUAAUAUGAAGAAUGAUACAAGUAUUACAUGGUAUAAGGAUGAGAUGGAGAUAAUGAUUGAUGAGAAACAUGACUUUAAGGAUGGUGUCUGCACAUUACUCGUUACUGAGGUAACUAGGAAGGACGCUGGCAUAUAUGAAUUAAUCCUGAAAGAUGACAGAGGGAAAGACAAGAGUGUCCUUAAGCUGGUGGAUUCCGCAUUUGAUGAUCUCAUGACCGCUGUCUGCAAAAUGAUUGCUAGUACAGCUACACAAGUCAAGAUCCAGAGCAACGAAGAAGGCAUAAGACUGUACUCAUUUGUAAACUAUUAUGUGGAGGAUCUGAAAGUGAGCUGGGGACACAAUGAAAGUAAGAUAAAGUACACGGACAGAGUGAAGAGCGGAGUCACUGGAGAGAUGAUAUGGCUACAAAUUAAUGAGCCCACACCAAACGACAAGGGCAAAUAUGUGCUGGAAAUGUUUGAAGGUAAAGAGUCUCACACAAAGGAAUUAGAUCUCUCCGGACAAGCUUACGACGAGGCCUUUGCUGAGUUCCAGAGACUGAAGCAAGCUGCAAUAGCAGAAAGGAAUCGCGCCCGAGUAAUAGGAGGUUUGCCAGAUGUUGUUACCAUACAAGAAGGAAAGGCACUUAACCUGACAUGUAACAUCUGGGGUGAUCCAGUUCCUGAGGUCACCUGGGUGAAGAAUGAGAGGGAACUGAGUGGAGAUGACCACUGCAUCCUCAAGUUUGAGUCCGGGAAAUACGCCAGCUUUGUCAUUACUUGCGUCUCCACGUCUGACUCGGGCAAAUACUGCAUACGAGCAAAGAACAAAUAUGGCACUGAAACUAAUGAUUUUACUGUAAGUGUGUUCAAUCCAGAGGAUGCAGAAGCUCCAGGGGAGGAGGCUCAGACUGAUGCAAAGACAAAAUAGAGAAAAAAGGGGAAAAUGAAGGAGGGUAGAAGGAUGUAAAGUGCUACUAGUCUGUGAGUCGUCGCUUCUUAAACCCAUCUUUAGGGCGCCUUCACACGCGGCAGAUUUCUCUACAACAGAAAAUCAGUUCCAUUCAUCUGAAUGGGGUUGUUGUGCUGGCAAGCACAUGGAUUUUUGCAAGC